UUGGAAUGUCAACAUAAUACCAGCGUAUGUACGUAUGUUGCAUAGCAUUUUCGAGUGAUUUUGUAACAUCUCUCGCCAUCAUUGAAUUAUGUGCACGUAAUUUUUUGGUGUGACAAUUUGAUCGAGAUAAUUAGAAAUUGUAAGUUAGAAUUGGUUCUCUUGUGUUUUUCUACAAAUCGAUGAAAGUUCGAUAUGCCGGGAGGGUUCGAUUUCAGUCCGAAUUCUUCGAAAAGUGUUCAAGCUCAUCGUAAUGUGCAUGAUGAUGCUGAUGAUGAUGGUGAUGGUGAAGUGGGAACUAUUAUUCCCGAUCGAACCGGAAAGCAUAUCUUUUGUCGGCUAUGCCUAACUCAUUCAGGAAAGCUACGGGCACUUUUUCCACCGGAUUCUGCACCAGAUCCUUCAUUGUUAGCGCAGAUUUUCAACUGUGUGGAAGUCCAGAUAACUCUACCGUAUGAUAUCAAAUCGUUUAUCUGUGCCGACUGCAUUCAGCAAAUUUACUCAUUUGCCAAUUUUAAAGAGCUAUGUAAAAGUAACGAUCAGUUACUCAAGAGCCAAACCUUUACACAAGACUCGUACGAUGAAGAAUCGGAAGAUGAGAAAGCCAUACCUAAUUCAUCUGAUGUCGCCAUUAUUAAAAAGGAACUGGACAAUUCCUUUAUUACGGAUGUGUCGCUGUUAGAGAAAUUAUUAGAACAAGGAGUAGAGGUUGAAGCAAUAGGACAAACAAUCAACUCUAAUCCACAAUUUGAACAAACUAGCCCGGAAGACCGAGAAGCUGAACGAAAAGCUAAGAACGCAGCACGAAUGCGACGAUGGAGAAUGCGUCAACGACAGAAGCAAGAACAGCAACUGAUAGAAGCGCAGAAAAAUGUUCAUAAAAUCGAGCAAGAUGAUCAACCAUCAAUCAAUCACUCACAGUUGGAACAGGAAAAGGCUCUACGAUUACAACAGGCGCAAGACCUUUUUGCUCUUUUUGCCCAACAUCAGCUAAGGAAGGUAGAAGCUGAAAUUCACCGCUUUAAGGAAGAAUCCCAUAAUCAACAACUAUUGAAUGAACAACUGGAGUAUUCUUCAUUUACACCGGAACCACCGGAGGAAAACACAGUCAGUAGACAGAGUUCACCAACUUCGGAUAAGCACAUGACUUCCUUGCGGCGCUCGCGGGCGGAAUAUAUGCGUAAGUGGCGUGCCAAACGUCAAACGCAGCAAAAUACCGCAUCGUUCGGAUUUGUCGGGCGUCCACCUACUGUAUCACCACCGCAAAGUGAAUCGGAAAAACUUCUCGCUCAACGCUACAAUCGUGCUGAGUAUAUGCGCCGCUGGAGACGAGAACGACUCAGACAGGAACUUAGUCCUGAAGAAUUUGACGAGUGGUGCGUUAGAAGCGAACAACGACGUCGGUUUCGCGAGUGGCAAGUUGUUAAGGAAAGUGGAGCUUCUUCUACCGGAGAUGAUACAGUCGAUUGCGGGGAACGGGAUACCGAAAAAAGUUGCUCAUUGGAAGCGAUCCGGUUCGGUUCAAUACAGAGUUGACUGACUUUGAGCUACGAUCGCUAUGACAGGCACGCCUGAAACACUCCGCUCCUGAUUCCGACCGAUUUCGAUAACAACCGGAGUAACGGCAAAUAAGAAUGAAAGCAGCGCACAACACUCCUCUCUAACCGGUCGACCUACUGCAACAAUUCAGUAUUCAUGGAUUUUAUAUACUUGAUGAUUAAUAAUAAUCAUUAAUAACGUUAUUCUAAUUUGGUUAUGAUUUUAUAAGUACUUAUAAUGGUACGCAUAUUAUACGUACAAUGAAAUUAUUUUCGCGAAAUUUCUCAAUUCUGUCCUGUUUCAAAUGGGAAUUCCUCUCGUAUUGUAUAGAGAUGACUGCUUUUAAGUUACAUUAUUUCGGAUUACAGUACACAAGCUACGUUUAGUAUUUAAGCAUCAUAGUUAACAUUGAACAAAAGUUCAAAAUUGAAAUAUAACAAAUCAGUGACAAAUGCCCUUGAAUACGUGGAAGCUUAUUUGGCAGAUUAUUCAACAAGAGGAAUUUUUAUCUAUUGCUUUAUUACCUCGUGAACUACAAUAAAAAGUAACAAUAAUUGAUACUAUUAGCUAAAAGUUAGCUGUUUCAUUUCUCCGAAGAUUUUGUUUUUAUGUAUAUUCUAGUAGAUCGUUCCGGGGCUUUCAUUAAUUUUUUCACUUUUAUAAAAUUUCACGAUUUUUACCAAAUAUCCCGAUUAAACUAUGUAUGCAGGGAGUACGAAAGUAAAAAAUAAUAGAAAAAGACUAAGACUGUUAGGCAUUAGCUGAACCCCCCCUUUUCAUCCCUCAGGUGCCGGCACUUCUGACGGUGGGUCGCUGGCGUACUCGCGGUCUUCGGCCGUCUCGACCUGAAUCAUCUAUGACGAACAGAAUAUUGUGUUAGCAUUAAAUAAGAUACUUAUAUAAAAUGAUAGUGUGCUAUUUACUACCCUUUAUGACUAGAAGAUUCAAAAUAAGACGAUAAGUAAAUUAAACAACGUAUCCAAACAAUCGAUUGUUGGUACACGUACAAUGGACCGCAGUACCGCAAGCAUGGUGUAGUACUUACAAUGGAUCGCAAGCAUGGUGUAGACCAUACAAGCAGGUAACAAAGUUUAUGCGAAGGUCUACCAAAGUAACUCAAAAUGGAAAUGGGCUCCUGGGGUUAUCAUUGAAGCUAUCGGCGAAGUAAACAUUAAUGUUCUUCUGAUUGACUGGCAUGGGAUUUCAUUCUCCCAUCAGAUCACAUACAAAUCAAAUUAAGCAUCGCCAUUGUGAAGAAGACGAAUAUCAAAAAAAUCACUCAACAUUUUCGUCGAUGAGUUUGUGUUGGCCACUAACAUAGGAAGUGACGCUGUUUGUUGAGACAACCCUUGGAUUGCAAGGUACCUUGAUUCCAGUGCCUCAAGAACCUGAAGAAAACCCUGAAUCCAAAAACGAACCAAAUCCCGAUGAUUCAGUUCAGCCUGAUUUAGGAGCUUCUGGUUCCAAUCUGAACGAAACACCUCGGCAGCCACAGCCGAUUGUUCAGUCGGAUACUAAUCAGGAACCAAGUACAAGCCGACCGAAACGUAUGAUCCAGAUGCCAUCAAGACUUGAACCUUUUUGAUAUUGUGGAAAUAACGAAGGAGGAAUGUUGGCCAAUAACAUAGCAAGUGACGACAUUUGCUGUUUGUUGAGACAACCCUUGGAAUUGCCAUAGCUAACCCUAGCAACGGUAGCAACAAGGUAGAAACAGGAAUAUAUAAUUUUCACCUAGUACUUUGAAUUGGAUGAAUAAAGACACAUUUUUGGAAUGUAUG